GCUCUGAAGGUGACCAAAGUGGAGAGCGGGGAGUGGGAGCCCGUGCUGAAGAUCGCCCAGACCACCACCCUAGGCUUCAGCUCCGCCUACUGGUCCAACGAUGACCUACUAAACGCCGCCUCCCCGCUGACGGAGGAGGUGGACGCCAAGUACGGCGGCUACCUGACGAUGUCCUUCAAACAGAUCAAAAUGUGUGUGGGGCAGCCGGAUACCAACUGCGUCACGCACACUUUCGAGAAGGAGUACCAGAGCGCCAAGGAGCUCUUCACUUCUGGCUACAUCCGCGACUCCACCGUGGAUCGCGAUGGCAUCUUGAAAAUCUUUGGCCCAACGGCAGGAUCGUACCAGGACUGUCCCAUGCAGAGACCCGGCUUCAACAUCCAGUGCAAUGAUGGGAACAAGGCUCGCUGGGGAUUUUGCCUGAACUGCGCCAGCCAGGGAUGCCAGAACGAUGAUAGCAACGAUGCGGAUGCGGCCAUUGGCAUUGGACUGGCUGGUCAAUCAACACCCACCGAGAUGGGAGCAGGCUGGACCAACUACUUUGCAUCUGGAGCUGGCACUUGCAGCGCGAACAGCAUGACCCACAAGAGUGUGUGGGUGUUUGUUCUGAGCAAUGUGCUGGCCUCAAAGCCUUUCACACGCACCCAGCAUACUUGGUCCACCGUCAUGAAGAUUGGAAAGACCACGACGCUGGGAUUCAGCUCUGCGUACUGGGAGAAUGACCAAUUGCUCAACGAGAACACCGAUGUCACUGUGGAGGGUGAUGGUAAGUACUCCAGCUACUUGUCGCAAGCCUUCAAGACGAUCCGCAUGUGCGUGGGCAGCCCCGACUCAGGCUGCGUCACUCACACCUUUGGCAAGGAGUACAAGAGCGCCAAGGAGCUUUUCACGUCCGGCUACAUCCGUGACACUGCCGUGGAUCGGGAUGGCAUCUUGAAGACGUUUGGCCCAACUGCGGAUUCAUACCAGAACUGUCCCAUGCAGAGACCCGGCUUCAACAUCCAGUGCAAUGAUGGGAACAAGGCUCGCUGGGGAUUUUGCCUGAACUGCGCCAGCCAGGGAUGCCAGAACGAUGAUAGCAACGAUGCGGAUGCGGCCAUUGGCAUCGGCCUGGCCGGUCAAUCAACACCCACCGAGAUGGGAGCAGGCUGGACCAACUACUUUGCAUCUGGAGCUGGCACCUGCAGCGCGAACAGCAUGACCCACAAGAGCGUGUGGGUCUCCGUGGCGGUGCCGGGCAGCGAGCAGGUCUUUGCGGGGAGCGACCUGCAGAUGGCCGGCAACUACGUGACGGUGGUGGGCAGUGAGAAGGCCACCUUCUUGUCGGAGUGCUCGCAGAAGCUCUCCCCGGCCAAGUGCGUGGAGGUGUUGCCUGGGACGAAAAGCUUCACUUUGAGAGUGGAGGCGACCAGUCAGGAGGCGCUGAAGAACGCGGUGACGGACCUGCAGAACCGGGGCGUGGACCUGCCGUCCUUCAAGCGGGCCAGCGCCUUGCCCUCCAAAUGUGUCGGCACCAAGGCGGCCGCCAACUUCGGCUGCAACGCGGUGGGGCUUGACGUGUGCGACCAGACCUACACCGCGGCCGGCGCGAAGCUCCUGCAGUGCGGCAGGAUUCCCAUCGAACAGUUCGAGCUGUGCCCUUUAGUCAGAAGUCCCCACCUGCCCCAUCUCUUUGGCCGCAACUUCGGCGCCAUGCUGGGCGGCACGCCGGGGGUGUCGGAGGGCCGGCGGCCCUUGCUGGUGCACUGCCGUGACGGCGUGCGCCGCGCUGAGUGCGAUCUGGGAGGGCGGAGCAGGAAGGUUUGCUUUGUUUCGCGGCUCGCGACCGAGCUGUGGGCCGGGCUCCUUUUCGAGGUGGCGCGCGCCGAAGCCGCUCAGCGCGAGACGGGGCUGCAGAGCUUUGCUCCAAAUGCGCCCAGCCCCCGCCUGAACCCCAGUGCAACGGCGCCGGGAGAGUUCUGCGUGAGCGGCUCAGUUGUGCAAUCUCCGGCAGCUUUGCUCAGAUUCAACGUAGCUGGCCGCGGUCUCUCCGCGCGGCAGAUUCACGCAAUGUCUCGACUCGCCGUGGCCCUUCUCUCCCUCCCAGCGCUGGAGGCUCUGAAGGUGACCAAAGUGGAGAGCGGGGAGUGGGAGCCCGUGAUGAAGAUCGCCCAGACCUCCACCCUAGGCUUCAGCUCCAUCUACUGGUCCAACAAUGAGCUGCUGAACGCCGCCUCCCCGUUGGCGGAGGAGGUGGACGCCAAGUACUUCGGCUACCUGUCGCUGCCCUUCAAACAGAUCAAGAUGUGUGUGGGGAAACCGGAUGACAAUUGCGUCACGCACACUUUCGAGAAGGAGUACGAGAGCGCCAAGGAGCUCUUCACUUCUGGCUACAUCCGCGACUCCACCGUGGAUCGCGAUGGCAUCUUGAAAAUCUUUGGCCCAACGGCAGGAACAUACAAGGACUGCCCCAUGCAGAGGCCCGGCUUCAACAUCCAGUGCAAUGAUGGGAACAAGGCUCGCUGGGGCUUUUGCUCGAACUGCGCCAGCCAGUCAUGCCAGAACGAUGAUGCCAACGAUGCGGAUGGGGCCAUUGGCAUCGGCCUGGCCGGGCAAGCAACACCCAAGGAGAUGGGAGCAGGCUGGACCACCUACUUUACGUCUCCAGGUGGCGUUUGCGGCUCCAACAGCGAAAUCUACAAGAGUGUGUGGGUGUUCGUUCUGAGCACUCAGCCAGCCUCAAAGCCUUUCACACGCACCGAGUAUACUUGGUCGACCGUCAUGAAGAUGGGUCAGACCACGACGCUGGGAUUCAGCUCUGCAUACUGGGAGAAUGACCAAUUGCUCAACGAGAACACCGAUGUUACUGUGGAGGGCGAUGGCAAGUACUCCAGCUAUUUGACCCAAGCCUUCAAGACGAUCCGCAUGUGCGUGGGCAGUUUUGACUCAGGCUGCGUCACGCACACCUUUAGCAAGGAGUACAAGAGCGCCAAGGAGCUUUUCUCAGCUGGCUACAUCCGUGACUCCGCUGUAGACCAGGAUGGCAUGUUCAAUGCGUUUGGCCCAACGGCAGGGACAUACCAGAAGUGCCCCAUGCAGAGGCCCGGCUUCAACAUCCAGUGCAAUGAUGGGAACAAGGCUCGCUGGGGCUUUUGCUCGAACUGCGCCAGCCAGUCGUGCCAGAACGAUGAUGCCAACGAUGCGGAUGGGGCCAUUGGCAUCGGCCUGGCCGGGCAAGCAACACCCAAGGAGAUGGGAGCAGGCUGGACCACCUACUUUACGUCUCCAGGUGGCGUUUGCGGCUCGAACAGCGAAAUCUACAAGAGUGUGUGGGUCGCUGUGGCGGUGCCGGGCAGCGAGAAGGUCUUCCCGAGCAGCCGAGUGCAGAUGGCCGGCAACUACGCGACGGUGGUGGGCAGUGAGAAGGCCACCUUCUUGUCCGAGUGCUCGCAGAAGCUCUCCCCGGCCAAGUGCGUGGAGGUGUCGCCUGGGACGAAGACCUUCACUUUGACAGUGGAGGCGACCACUCAGGAGGCGCUGAACAGCGCGGUGACGGACCUGCAGAACCGGGGCGUGGACCUGCCGUCCUUCAAGCGGGCCAGCGCCUUGGCCCCCAAAUGCGUCGGCACCAAGGCGGCGGUCAGCUGGGGCUGCGACGAGCUAGGGUCGGACGUGUGCGACCAGAGCUACACCGAGGCCAGCGGGAAGUUCCUGCAGUGCGGCAGGAGCGGGACCAACUGCUUGGCCGUGGGGCCGCUCUGUGCCGAGGGCUAA